CCUUGAGUGUUUUGAAAGGCGCUUUCUUAAAUAAAAUGUAUUAUUAUUAUUAUUAUUAUUAUUUAUUAGGUGUACAAGCCUUUUUGAGUCUGAUUAAGAAAAAAAACGAGAUGGGGAGGCAGAAGGGAAGAGGAGAGAUCUAGUGUGCAGAUCUUUACACUCCACAUGGAAAUUUUUCUUCAGCAUGACUCAGUCAGUAUCAUUCAUGUGUUAAACCAUAAAAACUUUGAAACACUGAUUUGAUAGGCAAUGAACAAUUGAUUGUCUCCUUUCAACUUAGAUAUAGAAACACAUGCUGGAGUAUCUUUGUCAGCCCGCAAUACAGCCAAGGUCAGAUCUCAAGUCGUUAGCCACCCUUUCACUGGGUGCAUAAAUCACUGUGGUGUAUCAGUAAUAAGGAAGUUUACCUGUUAAAAGGUCUUUUAAAGGCACUUCAGAAGUCAUGUGGCUCUGGUGAAAGGCCUCCGGCAUGUUCCUGUUAUUCAUGGUCUUAUAUUAACUCCCAUUUUCCCCAUUAAUAUGGCCAUUUCUUCUGAGCUCGCCAAUUCACUAACAUUCCCCCAUAACAAUUUGCAGCAAAGAGAAUCAUUAGAGACAUUUAUUUAAUCCGCUAUAUAACUCUGGGCCCAGUAUACUAGUCACACGUAGAUUCUCCCGUUAUCACACCGUUCCUCAGGAUUAUAUCUUAUUGCAAACAUAUGUUAUGAAAUGUAUAUUUUUCUAUUGGCCUACAUUAGCCUUAUCUUUUUCAGACUCUUUACAAUAUACACAUCAUAAUGGGUCUGAAACCUGUUUAGUGAGAACUUCCAUGUGGAUGUUUCCAAAUGAUUCAUCCAUAGGUCUGAGGAAAUACUAUACUUAAACUGCAACCACAGAACAGCAUAUGCUGUUACCCUGCUCUUCAGACAAUAAUAUUAGUAAUCAAUUCUCCAGCACUCAGGCAAUGAGCACCUUUAUCUCUCGUUUGGUGUUUAUGACUUGGUUAAUAGUUAAGCAAUGUCUUUGUGUCCCUUACGAUGGAGCAAGGACAUAUCUGACACCCCUUGUUCGGAUUUCUGAGGGUUGAUCCAGUAAGUUAGCCAAUAGCUGACAGCCAGUGUAUGACCCUGGGAUACAUGGUAUAAAGGUAAGCCAUCUGAAAGAAACCCAGCUCAUUUGCAAGGAGCUGAGAGUAUCAGAAGAGUUCUCUGCAAGUCUGAUCAUAGAUUAUAGCCUAGUCAUCAGUAAACAAGGACAACCACACCAAGCUGAUCCAGCUCUCUGCGCUUUUGAAACUUUUGGAUGUCUGAAGACUAGACUGUUCUUUUAUCCUUGACGGUUUAAAUCUGAGAGUCUCCCUCAGCAUUCUUGAUGGAGAGAUUCAAUUCUAACAAGGGGGGGCACAUCAACUCUGCCUAUGAUUCCAACCUGGAUGAACCUCCAGUUUAUGAGGAGACCAACGAUGACCACAGGACAGUGCGACCCUCCGUGAUCAGCGCCUUCGGUCAUGACACUCUGGACCGCGUGCCCCACAUUGACUUCUACCGCAAUGCAGGCAGCAUGAGUGGCCACAGAGCUGUGCGACCGUCCCUGCAGGAGCUCCAUGAUGUGUUUCAGAAGAACGGGGUGAUCUCUGUCCCAGACACAUUGGAGGACGAUGGCGAGAGGAGCAGUGGAACCCCCUCUGACGAUUUAGAGUCUGCUGCUCCCACUGACGAUAUGAAGGGCAUGGUAAAGUUUGGCUGGAUAAGAGGAGUCCUGGUGAGAUGCAUGCUCAACAUCUGGGGUGUCAUGUUGUUCAUCCGUCUGUCCUGGGUUUUUGGUCAAGCAGGCUGGGGUCUGGGAAUUGUGAUCAUCGCGCUCAGCUGUGUGGUCACCACCAUCACCGGCAUUUCCAUGUCGGCUAUUUGUACUAAUGGUGUGGUGAGAGGAGGAGGUGCCUACUACAUGAUAUCUCGCAGUUUGGGACCAGAGUUCGGUGGUUCUAUUGGUCUUAUUUUCGCAUUUGCCAAUGCAGUGGGCGUAUCCAUGUAUGUGGUGGGAUUUGCUGAGACAGUGGUCGACUUGCUCAAGGAGAACUCUGCUAUCAUGGUGGAUGAAAUGAACGACAUCAGGAUCAUUGGCUGUAUUACUAUUGUGCUGCUCUUGGGUAUAUCAGUUGCUGGGAUGGAAUGGGAGGCAAAGGCGCAAAUUAUUCUUCUGGUUAUCCUGCUGGUGGCCAUAGUGAAUGUUUUUGUAGGAACAGUCAUUCCUGCAACCAACGAAAAGAAAGCCCAGGGGUUUUUCAAUUACAGAUCCAAAAUCUUCUUAGAGAAUUUUACUCCAGCAUUUAGGGACGGUGAGACAUUUUUUUCAGUAUUUGCCAUCUUUUUCCCCGCGGCAACUGGGAUCCUGGCUGGAGCUAACAUCUCUGGAGACUUGCGGGAUGCCCAAGCUGCACUACCCAAAGGUACCUUGUUAGCCAUCCUGAUCACUGGUCUCACCUAUCUGGCAAUGGCUCUUUGUGUCGCUGCUACUGUUGUCCGUGAUGCCACAGGCAACUCAUCCAGCAUCAUAAAUCACACAACACCAGUAAUUUGCAACGGUUCAACAGCGGUUGCUUGUGAACUCGGCUACGAUUUUUCUUCCUGUGAAGUAGAGAAAUGCAAGUUUGGCUUGAUGAAUAACUUCCAGGUCAUGACCUUGGUGUCUGGGUUUGGUCCUCUCAUUAUUGCUGGAACAUUUUCAGCCACCCUGUCAUCAGCCCUGGCUUCCCUUGUCAGUGCGCCUAAAGUCUUCCAGGCACUGUGUAAAGACAACAUCUACAGGGCCCUGCACUUCUUUGCCAAAGGACACGGCAAAAACAACGAGCCAAUCCGUGGUUAUGUCCUCACAUUUAUCAUUUCUGUUGCUUUCAUUCUCAUCGGUGACCUCAACACAAUCGCUCCUAUCAUCUCAAACUUCUUCCUCGCAUCUUAUGCCCUCAUCAAUUUCUCCUGCUUCCAUGCAUCUUAUGCCAAAUCUCCAGGUUGGAGACCGGCAUAUAAAUACUAUAACAUGUGGCUGUCCCUGAUGGGAGCAUUGCUCUGUUGCGUUGUUAUGUUUGUUAUCAACUGGUGGGCUGCUCUGCUCACAUAUGGCAUUGAAUUCCUCCUCUACAUAUAUGUCACAGUGAAGAAGCCCGAUGUAAACUGGGGUUCGUCCACGCAAGCGGUGACGUUUGUGAGUGCAGUCAGCAAUGCUCUAUCUCUGUCAGGCGUGGAGGAUCACGUCAAGAACUUCAGGCCUCAGAUCUUAGUUCUGACGGGUUCGACACGAAGCAGGCCGGCUCUCCUUGACCUGGCUCACUCCUUCUCUAAGAACUAUGGACUGUGCAUCACCUGCGAAGUGUUUGUGGGCCCCAGAUCAGAGACCGUUGACGAGAUGAACAAUGCAAUGGAGAAGAACCAGUUGUGGCUUAAGAAGAAAAAACGCAAGGCAUUUUACGCUGCCGUGGCCUGUGACAACUUCAGAGAAGGGGCUGAGAGUCUGCUGCAGGCUUCUGGUCUUGGCCGUAUGAAGCCUAACACAUUAAUGAUAGGCUUCAAGAAAAACUGGAGGACUGCCGGGGCAGAAGCAGUUCAGAGUUACGUGGGAAUACUUCACGAUGCAUUUGACUUUGAAUACGGGACAGCAAUGCUGAGGGUGAACCAGGGACUGGAUGUGUCUCACAUUGUCGAGGCAGAAGAGGAGAUGCUAAGGGCAGCAAAGGAGCAAGAGGCUCUGGAGAAUGAGAUGAUGCCAAAUGGAGGGAAGGGAAAAGGACUAUUCAGGAAAUCCAGGAAGUCAUCUCAGCAAGUGCUCACGACCAGAGUGUCGGUGUGUGGCUCUCCACCGCCACAGGUUGCCAAAAUGAAUGAGAAGCUGGUGGAAGCCAGUCUUCAGUUCAAGAAGAAACAGCCCAAAGGCACCAUUGAUGUGUGGUGGCUGUUUGAUGACGGAGGUCUUACACUGCUCCUCCCCUACAUCCUCACUACCAGGAAGAAGUGGAAAGACUGCAAAAUGAGGAUCUUCAUCGCAGGACAGCCUGGACGCAGUGAUCUGGAUAAGGAGGAGAUGAAGGGCUUGCUGAAGAAGUUUAGAAUCAACUGCAGUGACAUUAAUGUCUUUGAUGACCUACAUAUCAAGCCCAGGUCUGAAAGCUUGAAGGAGUUACAGGAGAUGAUUGAGCCUUUCCGUCUGCAUGAAGGGUCCAAAGAUGCUGAUCAGAUUAGAGCCUUGCAGAAAGAGCAGCCCUGGAAGGUCACCGACAAAGAGCUAAGCGAGUUUGAGGAGAAGACACACCUCCAGGUACGACUGAAUGAGCUCCUCAAGGAACACUCCAGAUCAGCCAAUUUAAUCAUUGUGAGCAUGCCCAUAGCUCGUAAAGAAACGAUCUCUGAUUUCCUCUACAUGGCCUGGCUGGACAUCCUGACAAAGGACCUUCCACCCACCCUGCUCAUUAGAGGCAACCACAAGAGCGUGCUAACUUUCUACUCUUGAGCACUUUCCCUGCCAACAAUCCAAGUGUGAUAUAGCUAGAAAGGAAAAGGAAUGGUGUUGCCAUAAUGACAAGCCAUGUUUAAAUAAAAUGUAUAAGAAUAUUUAGUCUUCCAGGCCAGCAGAAAAGUGUAACACAAUCAAGCAUUUGUGGAUAACUCCAGCAUAUAAGCAUAUAUAUAGAGAGAUAUAUAUAGAUAUAGAUAUAUAUAUAUGCCCUCUAAGAAAGGACACACACACAACAAGUCUGUAUUUCCGAAAUUGAAUUUGCAAAUGUGAAAUGUGUCCAAAUAUGAAUGUAGCUGCUUAGAAAAACACAUAGUCAAAUCAAUUCAAAUCAGUUCAUAAACAAAGGCAGAGACACAACCACGGCUGUGCAAUGUCAGACUGUAAAAUAAUUGUAUAUAGUAGAUGUGUGUAUUCUAGAAAUGAUCAACAUCUUGUUAUUGGCAACUUUAUUAUCAGUUCUUUUUUAAACACUUGUUAUGUUCACUGUGUAAAAUACACUGCUGCCAUUAUACAGAUGUUUACCUUUCACGUGACAUUUUUUCAAUAUUUUUCAUGUUACUUUCAUAGUACACUUUUUAAGGGCAAUGGAAUAAGGUAGAACAUUAUAAAUCAGAUUAUUCUGUAAAUUUUACCCUUCCUAUUUUAGUCUAUCUAUUUAAGCACAUAAUGUUAAUCAGCUGAAAUAAAGAUUAAAAACAUU